UACUUCCAAAUCGAUUGAAUUCUCGGCGGAGUUCGGAGGUGGUUUUCUGAUUAAGUGAAAGAAAUAUCGGAAAAGUGCUUCAAAUUGAAUGUUUUGUGAUUUUGUGGCUACCGUGGAGUGUUAAACUUGGUGAAACCGUUGUUUGCAGACUACGACUUACCGAAACUGGCUCGCAACUGGCCAAGGAACUUUCGGCAGAACCUUGGUGACAUGCCGCCUUCCGUCUGACUCAGCCUGUUAUUGCGGCCCAGAUUGAUAUUCAAUGCCAUACAUUUUGAUACGAGGCAAUUUAGCUUCCUACAGCCAUAAAUAUCCGUUUCGAGUGCUGGUUUCGGGCCUGAAAGCGUCCGAUCUCGAACAGCUGAACCGAUUCCCGUGCGGUGGAUACAGUGAUGAGUCAACGAUCGUUUACCUGCAGCAUCCUUGUGUGAUACUAACUGCACUAGAGGUCCUUGGAUACCGCGUGGUGGCUUCGUCGUCGACCGCCGUCAAACAAGACUAUAACGAAUACAUGUGGACUAUGCGCAAGGAGUUCAACGACCCCGAACCGUUUGUGUGUGAAAACUCGACCACGAUUGCAUCUUCCGCGUCCUCCUGUAACAACUUCGAGCGUGACAAUCUGACCAAUCUGGGCCGCGAGGUGAAUAACUAUCCGCCACCACCGAGCAAUAAGAUCGACGUGCCGGAAUAAUCUGUACUGAACUCUCUCUCCAUUAGUGUGGUGUGAGCAAAUUGAAGACUAGUCCGUCUGUUACAAGUUAACUAGUUGUUGUUGUUAAAGAUUCUUUG